CAUUGGCCACAAUAGACAAAGGUCAGUUCAAGAUACAUUUAAUCAACGGAAAUACAACAGUAAGGGUCAUGCUGUGUCGCGCCGCCUUAGGAAGGGUGGGGCUUUGGAGAGGUCUGUGUUCCUCCAGCCGACUUCAGGGACAGACUGGCUCAGAGCUGGUCGAUUGCACUGUCACUCCAUACCUCUGCCGCCUGGACACGCCCCUUUCUGAUGUCCCUUACGUAAGGGACCUGACCAAUGAGCAGAGAGCUCUCAAGGAGAAGGAGAAAGGCGAUUGGGGGAAGCUGACCAAGGAGGAGAAAUUGGCUUUGUAUCGACUAGCUCACAAGCAGUCCUACUGUGAGAUGCGUCAGGGUUCAUCAGAGUGGAAGACUGUCCUCGGUGGAGUGUUUUUCAUGCUGGGCUUUUCUGGACUUUUGGUCUGGUGGCAAAGGGUCUAUGUCUUCGGGGAGGUGCCUCACACGCUGUCCCCUGAGUGGAUAGAGAAACAAACCCAGAGGAUGAUCGACAUGCAGGUCAACCCAAUCCAAGGAUUCUCUGUGUACUGGGACUAUGAGAAGAAACAGUGGAAAUAGGGAGCACACACACAUGCUUACACUCUCACUUUGUGCUCUAAACAAUGAAUAUUGAACGACAAACCGUUUAGUAAGCAUUUCUUUAUCAGCAACAGUUGACACGCUGCACCCCUGCAAUGAGACUGCAAUGACACGUGUCUGAAUGCAUUAUUCCUGUUAAAAUCCAAUCUGCUGUUGAGUUGGCGUGUGCUUGGCAUGUUGCCAGAAGAAGUGUUGCCCAGCGAGUGCGCAUCAUGUUGAAACCAGCUCAGGAGUUUGUAGGGUGCCUUAAAUAAAUAAACACAUCUACAACAACA